AUGGAGGGAGUGAGCGCGCUGCUGGCCAGCUGCCCCACGGCCGGCCUGGCCGGCGGCCUGGGGGUCACGGCGUGCGCCGCGGCCGGCGUGCUGCUCUACCGGAUCGCGCGGAGGAUGAAGCCAACGCACACGAUGGUCAACUGCUGGUUCUGCAACCAGGACACACUCGUGCCCUACGGGAACCGCAACUGCUGGGACUGCCCCCACUGCGAGCAGUACAACGGCUUCCAGGAGAACGGCGACUACAACAAGCCCAUCCCUGCCCAGUACAUGGAGCACCUGAACCAUGUGGUGAGCAGCGUCCCCAGCCCCCGCGACCCCGCACAGCCGCAGCAGUGGGUGAGCAGCCAGGUGCUGCUGUGUAAGAGGUGCAGCCACCACCAGACCACCAAGAUCAAGCAGCUGGCCGCCUUUGCGCCGCGCGAGGAGGGCAGGUACGACGAGGAGAUCGAGGUGUUCCGGCACCACCUGGAGCAGAUGUACAAGCUGUGCCGGCCGUGCCAGGCGGCCGUCGAGUACUACAUCAAGCACCAGAACCGCCAGCUGCGCGCCCUGCUGCUCAGCCACCAGCUCCAGCGCCGGGAGGCUGGCCAGCCCCACACGCAGAGCUUCUGCUCCUCGGCGGUCAAGGCCCCGGUGCAGGUGAUCCUGCUGCGCGCCCUGGCCUUCCUGGCCUGCGCCUUCCUGCUGACCGCCGCGCUCUAUGGCCCCAGCGACCCCUUUGCCCCGGGAGCCGCCCUGCCUCCAGCCCUGCCACCUGGUGGCAAUAGCUCCGCCACGCCUGACAAUGGCACUGCUGCUGGGGCUGAGGGCUGGCGGCAGCUGCUGGGCCUGCUGCCGGAGCACGCGACAGAGAAGCUGAGCGAGGCCUGGGCCUUCGGGCAGAGCCACCAGACCGGCGUCGUGGCGCUGGGCCUGCUCACCUGCCUGCUGGCCAUGCUGCUGGCUGGCCGCAUCAGGCUGCGCAGGAUCGACGCCUUCUGCAGCUGCCUGUGGGCCCUGCUGCUGGGGCUGCACCUGGCCGAGCCGUACCUGCAGGCCGCCUCGCCCAGCUGGCUGGACACGCUCAAGUUCAGCACCACGUCCCUGUGCUGCCUGAUGGGCUUCACAGCAGCUGUGGCCACGAAGAAGGCGACAGGCCCGCGGCGCUCCCGGCCCCGAAGGUACCUCCCUGGAGACGCCACUGGCCUCUGCCCCACCAGCCCCAGCCUGGCCGUGCCUUACCCAGCAGUUGGAGGCGCCUCGCCGUCCCUCUUCACCCCCACCCCACCCGGCUUCCUGCCGCUCACCAGCCAGCAGCUGUUCCGGUCUGCCCGGCGGGCCUCGCCCUCCUCGCUGCCCGGCCGCCUCAGCCGGGCCCUCUCGCUGGGAACCAUCCCCUCUCUGACUCGAGCAGACUCCGGCUACCUGUUCAGCGGGAGCCGCCCACCGUCUCAGGUGUCCCGAUCUGGGGAGGUCCCUGUUGCAGAUUACUUCUCUCUGCUUUCCGGAAGCUGCCCCGCCUCCCCCCUCCCUUCCCCGGCGCCCUCCGUGGCCGGCUCCGUGGCCUCCAGCUCUGGCUCCCUGCGCCACCGCAGGCCCCUCAUCAGCCCUGCCAGGCUCAACCUGAAGGGGCAGAAGCUGCUGCUGUUCCCCUCGCCGCCCGGCGAGGCCCCCACCUCCCCCAGCAGCUCGGACGCGCACCCGCUCUCCAACAGCAGCCUCUUCACCGUGGAGCCGCCCCAGCUCCCCCAGAGGCAGCCAGCGCGGGACUCGAAGCACAGCAUGGACGUGAGGUCCAUGCCGACCAGAGACCGCAGCUGCAGCGGCCUGUGCAUCAAGAAGGAGGACGACUCGUCCCAGUCGUCCACCUGUGCGGUGGACACCACCACCAGGGGGUGCUCCGAGGAGGCCACCACCUGGAAAGGCCGUCUCGGCCCCUCCCUGGUGCAGGGCCUCCUGGCCGUGAGCCUGGCAGUCAACGCCCUCUUCACCUCCGCCUACCUGUACCAGAGCCUGCGCUGAGCCUCUGAGCGCUGGGCGCUGCUGCCACCACUGCCGGCUCCAGGGCCCCGACCUCGCUGGCCCACCUGCCCGGGCCGCCGGCUCCUCACCUGCGCACACAGGCUCAGCCAGGGUCCGAGGCCUCACCUCCGUUGUUUGGUGCUGACUCUGGUCCCCAAGCCAAGGAUCCGGGGGGCCGGCCGCCCCGGCUCCCCUCCCUGCCAUCUGGUGGAGCCUGCUGGCGAGGUCACCUCUUCCUCCUGUACACCCGGUCCGGGUGGAGCUCCCUGGGGGAGGCAGGGGUGGUCGCCAGUCCAGUGGAAGGGGCGGGCCUCCAGACAUGGGCAUCGCUGCCCCCGUGUGGCCGGCCCUUCCUGUCAGCUCUGCCCAGGGCAGGUGGUGCUGGGGCUCCCCGGCUUCCAGGCCGUGGGCCCUGCUGGGCCUUCAGGGCCUAAGAAGGCCCCUGCCCUCCCCUCCCUUGGGCCCCCUUCCCUGGGGACUUCCUGGCAACGUGAGGACACGGCCCAGGUGCUCUCUGGCCCUCCCUCAUCUGCUGCCCACAGGGAUCCUCACCUGAGCCCCUGGACCUCAGAUAAGACCAGACCCCCGGUGGGCCCUGGGUUUUCAGUCCCUGAGCUGCACCUGAGCCCCCCAUGGCCUUCAUCUCCCCUGCCCCCUCCCUUGGGUGCCACCACUGCCCUUCUGACCCCUCUGUGCCCAGUCCCUUCCUGCCCCCUGGGACUGGAGACCCGAGGAGCAGCAAGGGUGAGCCCCCGGGGGGUUCUGUGAGGUGUUAGGAGGGCCACGGGGCGAGGAGGGGCCUCGCUACCAUUCAGGGAUAGAGGUUAGUUUUAUUUUUCUACACGGCGCCAGGCGUCUUGCUGGCGGGCAGGAAGCCCCCGGCCCUCCCCGCCAGGGAGCUAUCGUUUUUUUAAGCUUUGGGUGCUUUUUUUAAUAGUUUUUUUUUUUUUUUUAACUCGUGGGGGAGGAGAGUGCUCUGACGUCACCCUCCCCCUUCCUGCCCUGGGAGUCCUGUUUCCUGCCCCGUCCACCACCCAGAAGGUGGGCACCUGGGGACCGGGGUGGCCGCAGGGCUCGGUCUAGCUGCCAGAGAUUCCAGCCUGGGAGUGGCCCCUGUCUGGCCCGGGGCUCUAGUGGGAGCGUGUGUUGAGUUUUUAAUUUUAUUUUUUGCGUAACAAAACCAAACUCCAUUCCCCAGUCCCUUCCUCUCCACGCUGCAGCUGGGCCCAGCGCCCCACGGGCCAGGCUAGCUGGGAGGGGAUUUUACUUGGGUUUUGUUUCAAACAGAAAGUGCAGCCUUAUUUUUCUUUACAAAAGCAAAAAACAAAAAAAAUGAAACCAAAAAAGAUAUGAACCUUUGACCUGCGCCUCGCUAGUCUGUCUCGUCCUUUGCUUGGGGGGC